AUGGCCGAACCCAAGCACCCGCACGACGCCUUCCUCACCGCGCAGCUCGCCUCCCUCCCCGCCCUACCGGCCACCGAACGCCUCUCCCCAUCCGUAAUCCGCAUCCUCGGACACAACCCUGGAAAGUUCACCCUCCAAGGCACAAACACAUACCUCCUUGGCACAGGCCCCACCCGCAUCCUCCUCGAUACCGCCGCCGGCAGCCCCCUCUGGCACAGCACCCUCCUCACCGUACUCUCCGACGAGGCCGCAACAGUACCCACAUGCCUCAUCACGCACCACCACGGCGACCACACCGGCGGCAUCCCCGCGCUGUUGUCCUCCGCGCCCGGCACAGCGGUGUAUAAACACACACCCCCGCCGAACCAGCUCCCAAUCACCGACGGCCAGGUAUUCAGCGUGCCCGGCGCGACACUGACGGCGGUGCACACGCCCGGCCAUACGGCCGACCACAUGUGUUUCCACCUCGCGGAGGAGAACGCCGUGUUCACGGGCGACACGGUGCUCGGGCAUGGGACGACGGUGUUUGAAGACCUGGGCGCAUACGUGGGUUCACUGCAGCGGCUGAUAGGACUCGGUGCGCGGCGGGCGUAUCCGGCGCAUGGCGCGGUUAUUGAGGAUUUGGGGGGACGGGUGGCGGCGUAUUUGAAGCAUCGGGAGGGGAGAGAGGCGCAGGUGCUGAAUGUGCUGAAGAAGAGGCAGGAGAGGAGCAAGUUGGCGGGGUUGUGGGGUGGGAGUGAGGGGGUGACGGCGGGGGAGGUGGUGGCAGAGGUUUAUCGGGGGCUGGAAGGGGAUUUGGUGAGAGCUGCGGAGAGGGGGGUGGUGCAGGUGCUAGAGAAGGUGAAGGGGGAGGGGGGGGUGAGGUGCGAGGAGGAGGGAGAGGUGAGGAGGUGGUUUGUGGUGGAGAAGCCGCUGAGGCUGUAG